AUGGGCCUCCCGCGUGGGCCCCUGGCAGCCGCGGCGGCGGCCGCGGUCCAUGGGCUGCUGGCGUUAGGGCUUUGGAGCUCGACGCCCGCGCCUGCUUGCCCGCAGCCGGUGUGCCCGACGCCAUUCUGCCCGGCGCUGGUCUGCCCCGACUGUGUGUCGGUGGCCGGCGCGCCCGACCCGGGGCCGCCGGGUGGCCCUGCGGCUCUCGGCCUGGGCGAGGUGCCCGAGGAGCUGGCGGAGAUCCGCUCGGCGGCGCUUCGCCUGGAGGAGCAGCUCGCCUUGGUGCAGGCGGCGCUGGAGGCCGCUUGGAACGCCUGGCCGUUGCUCUGGGUGCUCAUCGGUGCCGUCGGCGUCAUGCUGUCGAACAGGAAGUACCAGCUGUUCUCCUCCAGCGGCCUCGUCGUGCCGGAGGAGGAGUUUAUGCGUGAGAUGAAGCCGGGCAAGCGGUUUGCCCUUUGGUAUGAGGACGACACUUACUGGCACGAGCGGGUCGCGCUGGCGGAGGUGCGGCCAGGGGUGUGGGUCAUCACCACUCCCGAUGGGCAUCGCUACUCUGAGAAUAUCAGGUGCCGCCGGGGUACCUCAGGCGCGGUGCAGGCGGUGCAUCUCGUCCCUGAUGCCGAGCUGCUGGAGCCGAUGAAGGGGCACUUCUACCGGUUUCGCACCGCGUUCGACGCCGCGGACCUGGUGGAGCAGAUCAAUCUGGCUGAGGGCGAGUCCUAUGGCAUCACUCGUCGUCGGCGGCCGUCGCCUGAGGCCAUUGCCCUGUGGGACGGGAGUGAGGUCGAGUAUCAGGCGCUGAUGGACUCGGACGGGGCGCAGCUGGUGCCCUUGGCUGGGGACGACGACGCCGAAAUGGCAGGUGACUACGCCAUGGCGUUGGACGCGAGUCGGCGGCCGGUGCCAGUGAAACGGGUGCCGAUCGCCGACGUGGCCACCUUCUUGGACACGGUGCACAUGACGGUGCGCAAGAUCCUGGACGAGGAGGGCGCCGCCGUGAAGGCGGACAAGGGUCUGGAGGGCCGCCUGAGCGAGGCCCUGGACGGCGGCACCAAGACCCCUCCUGCGGGCGAGGACGCGAGGACCUUGUCGGUGAGCUACGACGAGCACGGGGAGCGGCACAAGGACUGGCGAUCGAUCAUCGAGGCGUACUCCACUGGCGCUCCUGGCCGCGCGAACUGGGAGGGCGUGAAGCACUUCAUGCCUCUGGCCAACUCGGCCUCGGUGGUGCCGCCGGAGCUGCGCUCGCAUGCCCACCGCCGCGCGAAGGAGGAGGUGGAGAUCGAGAACAUGCGCAUGAAGGCGCGCGGGCUGCAUCCGGGCGCCGGCGCUGAGGGCAUCGACGCUGGAGGCCCAGACUCGGUGGCAGGUGACAGCCGUGUGAGGCGCGUUGCCAUGCUGCCGCUCUUUCCAAUUCCCCUCUCCCCGGCACCUGCCGUGCCCAGCGGACGUGGCCGACAGGCUUCUGGCCUGCGAGGCCAUUUGCGGAGACUGAAUGCUGAUGUCAACGCAACUGUGAACGCUUUGAAUUGGAUGGCUGGGGACCGGCAUCGCCCCGAGUACGGGCCGCCGCGUACCUCAGAGCAGGCUAGUGUGCAUGCGCGCGUCAGAGACCGGAUUUCUCCCCUUUUGACUUCAGGCGUCGCGAUCCCUAGCCGGCGAGCGGCUUUUCUCGAGCUGCUGCACGGCCGGGCUGUGUACGAUGCAGAGCCCGGCGGACACAACCUUGCCAGUUUCUCCAAUGUCUCCUCUGUGAGCCUGCCUGACAGCCUCGUCGGCGCCCCUUCGGUGCAGGAGGUUGUGGGCCCAGAGGCGAGCCAAUUCUUGGAGCAGAACUACGAGCGCAUGCUGCGCACCUCGACGGACUUUUUGGAGCGACAGGAGUCGCUGCCCUCUAUAACUCCCUAUUGGGACCCUGUGCUUUCUCGCAGCCGCCGCAAGUUUCUGCGGCUGAUGCGGGCGCUUCUGCGGAUUGGACUGGUCACGCUUUUGCCAGCUGGUUCGGCGCAGGAGCACGUCGGUAUGUUCUUUGUGAAGAAGGCCGGUAAAGGUAAGAGUCGGCUCAUCAUUGAUGCUCGUCGUGCGAAUAGGCGUUUUGCUGAUCCCCCUGGAGUCCACCUCUGUUCGUCAGAGAGCCUCGCGAGGAUCGAGGUUUCUCUUCCGCCUGGUUGCUCUAGUCCUACUCCUGAUCAACUUCGUAGCGCCCAGAUGUGUCUGGGGCUGGCGGAUGUUAAGGACGCUUUCCAUCGGUUUCGUCUUCCCUUGGGCCUGGCGAGUUACUUUGGUUUGGGUGCCGCCACAGCAGGGGAACUGAAGGUCGUGGGAACCAAUGUUGGCGGGAGCGUCUUGGGUGUUGAUGACCAGGUCGACAUAUGUUGGGCUUCUCUUCCUAUGGGUUUCUCUUGGUCACUCUACUUCUGCCAGCAAGCGGGUGAGCAUCGUAUGGCUAAUGUUCCUGGUCUUCGUGAUUCUGCCCUCCUUCGCGAUCGUGGUCGGCCUGGGGUCUUCAGGUUUGCUGAGAAAGGCGAGGGCGAGAAGGGGGGGCUCGUCUUGGAGGGCUCCGGGAUAUGUCACUACAUCUACGUUGACAAUCUGGGUGUUCUCUCUUGUGAUCCCUUUCAUACCUCGUCCAUCCUGUCCGACGCGGCGGCUCGUUUCGAGAGCGUUGGGCUCGCGACCCACGAGCACGAGGUGAGUGCCACUUCGUCGAAGGCCCUGGGGACCCACAUAGACCUCGAGGGCCUUAGAGUUUCUCUUGCGCCCGCUCGACUGUGGAAGGUGCGCCAGGGUGUUCUGUAUGCCUUGUCGUGUCGGAAGCUGUCUGGGCGUGUCUGGGAAGUGCUGCUGGGCCACCUCACCUUCUGCGCGCUGAUCAAUCGUAGCAUGAUGAGUGUCUUCAGGAGUAUCUAUGCCUUCAUAAAUAAGUACUACGCUACCCCUAUGCCGCUGUGGGACACCGCUAGGCAGGAGAUGCUGACCGCUGCCUCCCUCCUGUUCCUGAUGGAUGCCUCGUGGACGCUGCCCUGGUCCCCUGGUGUCGUGGCCACGGACGCUUCGGAGGAGGGGUUCGGGGCCACCGUCUCAGAGUGGGACCCUCAGGACGUCUCGGAGGCCAUAUAUGAGGUGGACUCUAGCUUCCCGGAGGUCCCCCACAAGCUGCUCACGCAAGCCCACUGGAGUACCCUUCUGGCGGGCCCCUGGAAGUACUUUGACGAGGGCAUUUUCACCUUGGAGGCUAGGGCCCUGGUCCUGGGAUUUCAGGCGCUGGUGAGCGAGUGCCAAGUCAGGAACGCGAGGGUGCUCUUCUUGGUUGAUAACAUGGGGGUGUGUCUAGCCUUCGCUCGGGGGCGCACCACGGACUUCAGGAACCUGGUGACGUUCACGCCGGCGCCCGCGACUGGCAGGGCGACCCGGGCCCGCCGUCUGGCGUCCGGGGACGCGCUGGUGGCGAAGCUGGAGCAGGCCCCGAAGGAGAAGGAGCAACGGACGCUCGACGAGUUGAGCGACGGAGAGGUGACAGACAAGGACGACGAGAGCGACGCGACCUCCGACACCGUGAAGGUUCAAGUGCGGCCGGCUCGCCGAGUGCGAGUCUUGGCGGCCCCGCGGGUCGGGCGAGCGCGCCAGCCGGUGGAGGCGAAGCGGCUGCAGGGGCUGGGUCUUCUGCCGCUGGAGUCGAGCGCGGUUCAGUCGAAGACGGAGACCGACUACUACGACGCGGUGAACGCCUGGCGGGCUCGAGCCCGCGAGCUGGGCGAGCCUCUCGGCGUGGCUGCCGAGGUGGACGCGUCGGUGGCGCGGCAGCUGCAAGAGCUUUUCGACCAAGGCGAGAACCUCAGCAAGGGCGAGAAGCUCGUGGCCGGGCUGGAGCACUUCCUGCCCGAGUUCGGGCGGCAUGGUGGCCUUCAUCUUUCCCGGUGCUACCGGGCUCUGAAAGGCUGGAGACGCCGCUGCCCGCCACGAUCGCGCCGCCCCCUGGCCUUCAGCAUCUGGGCAGCCAUCAUCUGGGAGCUGUGCCGCGCGAACUUCUGGAACAUGGGGGUGUACGCGCUGUUCAUGCCGGUGACCUACAUGCGGCCCUCGGAGCCCCUGAAGCUGCUGAAGGAGGACCUCCUCGCCCCGGCGCAUGGGCUCUCUGCCUCGCGGAUCUGCUUCGCCUUCCGGCAGGAGCGGGGAGCGGCGUCCAAGACGUACGCGACGGACGAGAGCAUCGACCUGAGCUGCAGGUGGGCGCCCUACCUGACGACGGUGGUUGCUGCGCUGCGAGCAGGCGACCCCAAGGCCAAGGUCUUCAACUUCAAGUACAGCAGCUACACGCGCCAGUUCAAGAUCGCCUGCAAGAAGCUGGGGCUGACGGCCGUGCCUUAUCAGGCAAGGCACUCAGGCGCCUCCAUCGACGCCGCCAUGAAGUAUCGCACCCGGGCCGAGAUCAAGAGCAGGGGGCGGUGGAAGGCGGACAAGUCGGUGCUGAGGUACGACAGCAAGGCCAAGAUUGUCGAGAGCGUCGACAAGCUGAGCGCCUCGUUGGCGUCUCACGUGCGCAGGUGCGAGCUCCAGCUCGGGCCCCUUUUGUGCGGCCAGAUCGACCCCUCGGUCAUCGCACCGCCCGUCAUCCCGAGCUCGGUCCGCAGGAUCCUCAAGCUCAUUCGGUACAUCCACGCCCUGGGCAUCCCGUGGGCCGUCGAGAACCCAGCGACAAGUUUAUUUUGGUGGGUCCCAGGCUUCAUCCAGUUCGCGAACGAUCCCAAGCGGGCCGUGGCGGUCACGGCGAACCCGAAGGUGCAGCAAGCCCUGCAGGAGCAGCUCGGCGUGCUGGCUCAGGAGGCGGCGCAGAGCGCCAGGGAGCGCGACUCGCCCGUCGAGGGGCAGAAGAACCAGCUCACGGACAGGUUGGCCAAGAAUCCGGGAGGCGACGCGGCACCCAAGCUUGAAGAAGAGGAAGUUCGUAUCAGUGCCAAGGCAGGGAAACUGUCCAGGGCGAAGUUCGACGCUCAAGCUUUGAAGGCCAAGGCGCAGGGCAAGGGCGCUGCCGUCAAUGGCUCGCUGCAGCAGGCAGCCGCCCCGCGGUCAGGCAGAGAAGCCAGGGCCUCCAACGUGGUCAGCUCGCUGCAGGCGCAGAUUCCCAACGGCCUCGACCAGGCGCUGCACGGCGGCGCCGCGGCCCUUCGCCCGAAGGACGGCUGCAAGCAGGAAUUUCAACAACAAUCGUGGGCCACGCAGCCUGCUGAUCGAUCUACCGCCAUCGACAUCUUCCGCGAGGUGGACAUGUUCACGCCCGAAGACUACCGACGGCUGCCAGUGGUGGCCCUGUGCGAACUGGCGCUCAACCUCAAGGUGGUCGGGCAGCUGACGAGGCCUGCGCGGGCGAUGCCUAUCAUGUGCAGACUUAUUCCAAAGAAGGCUGUCGCCAUGGAUGCAGCCAUUGGAGGGCCUACAUGCAGGGCCGACGUGCGGUCUCUCCUGCGGGAGCCACAUGUCCAGGAAUGGUCCAUGGACCGCGCCAAGGCGCGGGGCGCGGCUGCGGCUGCGGGCAGGUGCCUUGCCGCGCUGGAGCUGCGCGCCCCGCAAGGAGAGCUCAAGGCCUUCGUCAUCGCGCUGUGGAGCUCAGUUUGCCACAUGAUCUGCGUCUCCGACUGUCACUCGCUCUGCUACCUUGGCCUCGGCGGCAACCUGGGGGACAAGCUGCGCCACAUUAGCCGCGCGCUGCGGGCCGUCGCCGCCCUGGAGGGCGUUCGGGUCUUGCGAACCUCCAGCCUCUACGUCUCCGCCCCGCAGUACGUCAGCGACCAGCCGCCCUUCCUCAACGCGGUGGCGGAGCUGUCGCUCUCGGCCGCAAGGCUGGCCGACCUGCAGGGCCUGCUGGCGGACCUGAAGCAGAUCGAGAGCGACGUGGGCCGCGAGCCCGGGGUGCGGAGAGGCCCACGAGUUGUCGACGUAGACGUCGUCGCCGUUGGCAACGUUCAGCUUAACGUGACCUCCGGCAAGUACCCAUUGGAGGUUCCCCACGCUUUGAUGCACGAGCGAGACUUUGUCCUCGUUCCCAUGUCCGAGCUGUGCCCGGACUGGCGCCACCCCCGCCUGGAGGGCGGGCCGUCGGUGCGCGAGCUGCUCUCCGGACUGCAGCUCGGCAGCGGCGUCGCGGCGCCCGGCGCCAGCGUGGAGGCCUGGCCGUUCCAGGUGGUGCCCGGGGCUGGAGGCCUGCGGGGGCGACCGGAGGGGCUGCUCUGGCGGCAGGGGGAGCAGACCCUGGUGAUGGGGGUGCUGAACGUCACGCCGGAGACUCCUUUAGCGAUGGCGGGGACCACCUGA